AUGGGGAUAGCAGUGAGAAAUGGCGAUGGAAACAAUACGACAACAACUUCUACACGAACAUUGUCACGUAAUCAAACGUUGUUUACACGAGAAAACAGCAUAGAAGAUCCUUUACUGGAACACGCUCAGACUUACGUAGGGGAAAACUUCGUCGUUAGACAUGGAAAUCCGUUUAAUCUCCGCCGUAAAGUUUGCUCGAAAACUAAUUCUGGAGUCGUUUUCACAGAGUUUAAACAGCUGAAACCUGUAUCGAAAAUGUCAUUGUCGACUGGAGCUAAGCGUAUGUUUACUUGCCAGAACGCUGGCGGCAGCUCAGAGAAAAGCGAAAUUCUUAGUUUUGAAUUGCUUCAGAGAUGUUUUGGGGCUGAUCUUCAGAAAACAGAAAUGGAAGUACAGUAUUUUCCCGAAGGAGGCCCAAUCACUGAUUACACAUGUACAAUGUUUAGCACGAAACUAGGGGUCUCUGUCACGCGAGCUAUGAACUAUCACGGUGAUUUUACAGUUGAAGAUGCUGGUAAAUUAUUAAAUAAAAAAUUAAGAGGAGUUAUAACUUCCACGAGAAAUACCAUGGAAAAAUGGAGCAAGCAGAUUUUGCAUGUGUGGGCUACCUCACUUGCAGAGUCUGUUCUGAUCGCAGAAGCUUACUAUCAGCUUCCAAGGAAUUUGAAGUCGAACACUGUUGUCCUGGUGACCGUUACACAAAACAAUGAAGUAUUUACGAACUAA